AUGCCAUUGGACGUCGUGUGGACGCGCCUCCUUGCACGUGGAGCUUUUUUUCUUUUCCUUACGCUGCUUCUUGCUACUUCCGGGGGCGCCGCGCACUCGUUGGCGGUUUACCCCAUUGUGGAGGAUCCCCUGGUGAAUUACUCUGUAGUGGCAUCUCAGCGAUGUGAGGAUGCGGGCAUGCGUCUCGCUGCCCCUGAUAGCCUCGAAAAGGCGAAGCAUAUGGAGAGUUUGCUGUCACGAUGUUCUUCCUCAACGGGCUCAGUUCUUUUUGGUGCGCAGGUUGUUGAGUGUGAUGCAACUAUUUCACUUUUUUUAUUCAAAGACGUUUUUUCUGAGCCCAGUUCUCCCGUUGCCGGGGAUGCCGAGCUGUGCGAUUCUUUAGCGGGCGCAGCUGGCCGCAAAAAUGUCCCCGGUAUGUUUGGCGGGACCUUGGGGUUGCCGUUUUACCACGUUGACUUUAAGGAUUGUAAACACCCAAACUGCAUCCGACCAGUGCUGCUAGAUUACGAUCCAGCACAGCGUUACGGAUUUGAGAAACCACAGAGUAAUGAAAUGAACUUACUGGUGUGGAAGCUGAAAAAAACUGAGGAUGGCAAGACUCUCUUCUCUUGGGAGGGAGUGUGCAGCAAAGGCACCGCGGGAUGCCCAUUUAAAGGGGUACAAAAGCCCUUCAUACCUAAUCAGGUUAUUUGUGAGUCCGAUGGCCCUAUGACGGACCUUGCUGCCAUUUGCUUUGAAAGUUAUGUAGAUACCACGGAAGCGAAAAAACCUGUUGACGGCAAUUUGUGGAUAAUCGUUGCGGCAGUGGGAUCUGGUGUGCUGAUUUUAGCAUUGUUGGUAAUAAUUUUCUCCACUAAUUCAUGGAGGCAGCGGCGUGAUAUGAAACGCCGAGAAGAAUCGGAGGACAUUUCGGCUCCAUACAAAUCGAAACGUGAAAAUGGCAGCUCAUUGAAGUUACAGCACCAAGGAAGCCUUGCCGGAGAGGGCAUGCAACGCCAGGGAAGCUUUGCUGGAGGGGAAAUGCCGCGCCAAGGAAGCUUUGCUGGAGGGGGAAUGCCGCGCCAAGGAAGCUUUGCUGGAGGGGGAAUGCAGCGCCAAGGAAGCUUUGCUGGAGGGGGAAUGCCGCGCCAAGGAAGCUUUGCUGGAGGGGGAAUGCAGCGCCAAGGAAGCUUUGCUGGAGGGGGAAUGCAGCGCCAAGGAAGCUUUGCUGGAGGGGAAAUGCCGCGCCAAGGAAGCUUUGCUGGAGGGGGAAUGCAGCGCCAAGGAAGCUUUGCUGGAGGGGGAAUGCCGCGUCCGGGGGGUUUUCCUGGAGGGGGAAUGCAACACUCGAAAAGCUUUUCUGGAGUUGGAAUGCCGCGUCCGGGAGGUUUUCCUGUAGUGGGAAUGCCGCGUCCGGGAGGUUUUCCUGUAGUGGGAAUGCCGCGUCCGGGAGGCUUUGCUGGAGGGGGAAUGCCGCGCCAAGGAAGCUUUGCUGGAGGGGGGAUUUCGCGCCAAGGAAGCUUUGCUGGAGGGGGAAUGCCGCGCCAAGGAAGCUUUGCUGGAGGGGGGAUUUCGCGCCAAGGAAGCUUUGCUGGAGGGGGAAUGCCGCGUCCGGGAGGUUUUCCUGGAGGGGGAAUGCAGCACCAAGGAAGCCUUGCCGGAGGGGGAAUGCAGCACCAAGGAAGCCUUGCCGGAGGGGGAAUGCAGCGCCAAGGAAGCCUUGCCGGAGGGGGAAUGCAGCACCAAGGAAGCCUUGCCGGAGGGGGGCUUUCGCGCCAAGGAAGCUUUUCGGAUGCAGAAGAAAUACGUGGAGAAACUAAGGAUGAUGUAAAAUUAAAGCGCCGGGUCAGUUUCACUGGCACCUAUGUGCUUUUGUAG